ACGGAACUGAAGCAGCAGCUCAGUUUCUCACUCCGAAGUGGCAGCAGCCAGAGAGGGAGUCGGUGUGGACGCGAGGAGCCGGGGCACUUAGAACAGAGGCUCGCACAGGUGGAGAUCCACAGAUGCAGAGCAACCAUGCUGCUCUUCCUUCUGCACAGUCCAGAAGGCCGACUAGAACACUGGGGACGCUCUAGCAGAAUGUGGAAGUCUGUAGUGGGCCAUGAUGUGUCUGUUUCCGUGGAGACCCAGGGUGAUGAUUGGGACACAGAUCCUGACUUUGUGAAUGACAUCUCUGAGAAGGAGCAGCGGUGGGGAGCCAAGACCAUCGAGGGCUCUGGACGCACAGAACACAUCAACAUCCACCAGCUGAGGAACAAAGUAUCAGAGGAGCAUGAUGUUCUCAAGAAGAAAGAGAUGGAGUCAGGGCCCAAAGCAUCCCAUGGCUAUGGAGGUCGGUUUGGAGUAGAAAGAGACCGAAUGGACAAGAGUGCAGUGGGCCAUGAGUAUGUUGCCGAGGUGGAGAAGCACUCUUCUCAGACGGAUGCUGCCAAAGGCUUUGGGGGCAAGUACGGAGUUGAGAGGGACAGGGCAGACAAGUCAGCAGUCGGCUUUGAUUAUAAAGGAGAAGUGGAGAAGCACACAUCUCAGAAAGAUUACUCUCGUGGCUUUGGUGGCCGGUAUGGGGUGGAGAAGGAUAAACGGGACAAAGCAGCUCUGGGAUAUGACUACAAGGGAGAGACGGAGAAACACGAGUCCCAGCGAGAUUAUGCCAAGGGCUUUGGUGGCCAGUAUGGAAUCCAGAAGGACCGAGUGGAUAAGAGCGCUGUCGGCUUCAAUGAAAUGGAGGCCCCAACCACAGCUUAUAAGAAGACGACGCCCAUAGAAGCCGCUUCUAGUGGUGCUCGUGGGCUGAAGGCGAAAUUUGAGUCCAUGGCUGAGGAGAAGAGGAAGCGAGAGGAAGAGGAGAAGGCACAGCAGGUGGCCAGGAGGCAACAGGAGCGAAAGGCUGUGACAAAGAUGAGCCCUGAGGCUCCACAGCCAGUGAUAGCUAUGGAAGAGCCCACAGUACCGGCCCCACUGCCCAAGAAAAUCUCCUCAGAGGCCUGGCCUCCAGCUGGGACUCCUCCAUCAUCAGAGCCUGAGCCUGUGAGAACCAGCAGGGAACACCCAGUGCCAUUGCUGCCCGUUAGGCAGACUCUCCUGGAGGACAACGAGGAGCCCCCAGCUCUGCCCCCUAGGACUCUGGAAGGCCUCCAGGUGGAAGAAGAGCCAGUAUAUGAAGCAGAGCCUGAGCCCGAGCCCGAGAAUGACUAUGAGGAUGUGGAGGAGAUGGACAGGCAUGAGCAGGAGGAUGAACCAGAGGGGGACUAUGAGGAGGUGCUCGAGCCUGAAGGUUCUUCUUUUUCUUCUGCUCUGGCUGGAUCAUCAGGCUGCCCGGUUGGAGCUGGGACUCUGGGGAUCUCAGCUGUGGCCCUAUAUGAUUACCAAGGAGAGGGAAGUGAUGAGCUUUCCUUUGAUCCGGACGACAUAAUCACUGACAUUGAGAUGGUGGACGAGGGCUGGUGGCGGGGACGUUGCCAUGGCCACUUUGGACUCUUCCCUGCAAAUUAUGUCAAGCUUCUGGAGUGACUGGAGCUCACUGUCCACUGCAACUGUGAUUUCCCAUGUCCAAAGUGGCUCUGCCUCCACCCCCUCCCUAUUCCUUUUGCAGAUGUCUAACCAGAUGAGAUUCUGGACAGACUUCCCUCUCCCGCUUCAUUAAGGGCUUGGGGCAGAGAUAACAUGGGGAAGGAGGUCCCCUUCCCCAAGAGUCCUCUCUACCCUGGAUGAGCUCGUGGACAUUUCUCUUGUGGUCUUGCCUCCUUCCCCAUGAACACCUCUCUACCACCCCAAGCUCUGCUCUAGUCCUCUAUGAGCUCUGGGCUUCCUGGUUUGUUUACCCGGAAAAGUACGUCUAGAUUGUGUGGUUUGCCUGGUUGUGCUAUUUGCCCACUUUCCUUCCCUGAAGAAAUAUCUCUGAACCUUCUUUCUGUUCAGUCCUAACAUUCGAAAUAAAGUGAGACUAUGGUUCACCUGUA